AUGGAACAUAUUGAAGAAAAGCCGGCUAUUGACAUCACUCUUCCACGUAUUGACAGCAAGGCCGCGCUGUCCAGUGAUGAUAGCGCUCGAGAAGACGAAGUCAAAAGAGCGAUUGAAUUGGGAGAUUGGGAUGCAUUGAGAGCUAUCUCACUGCUGCCAGGUGGUUUUGGGAGGGCAAGAGUGGAAGCGUGGAAAUUUCUUUUGAAUGCAAGACCGACCAAGGCAGUACGCACGCGCAAAGAAUCAUCGACCCUGCCAGUGGAGACAGAAAAGGUCACCUCAGAAAAGCAAGCUACAACAAAGAAAUCCUUAGCGGAUCUUGAGCCUCACAAAGACGAGCGUCAACAAAACAGCACUCUAAUAUUUACCCCAGAAAAUGAGAUACCAAAAAAGUCCAAAGAUGACCUCAAGGCUGAAUUGCAUCACGUAAUUGUGAAUGUAUUACGAAAGAGACCAAAGCUGGCCUACUUCCAGGGAUAUCACGACAUUAUUUCUGUCCUACUGUUGACAUUCGACCAACAUCGACAAGAGACAGGGCAACAGUCCGAGGAAGAGAUGACGGAGGACGUCAGCUUGGCAGCAGAAAAAUUGAGUCUACAUAGACUACGCGAUUCGAUGGGUCCAGGCUUGGAGCCCCUUGUUGUCGAUCCCGAAUACGCUGGACAACUUUCUGGCGCAUCACCACUACCAUACUUCACCCUCUCCAACCUCUUAACUUAUUUCUCUCACGAUAUGCCGACUCUCCCAUUAAUUCAGCAUGUAUUCGACUAUCUAUUAUCACGACCUCCUAUCGCCAUCGUCUAUCUCGCGACAGUCCUACUUCUCGUACGCAAAGAUGAAGUGAGGCAGCUUUAUGAAGCAGGAGACGAGGGAAUGCUCCACGCUCUACUAUGCAAUUUACCAGAGAUUUCCGACGACUCCUCGACUGAGGACGAGCCGAGUGGUAUCACUCCAAAGAAGGAAGAGCCGGAAAUUUCCCUAGCUUCAAUGUCGCAAGACUCGUCUCAUACAGAUGAGAGGACAGAUACCGAUGUUCGCUCUCUUUCUCCCAACGACCUGUCGACUUCGCAAUCGUGGACCGCGGUAGGAGCUAGUACCGCCUCGAUUUCGUCAGAGAGCUGGACCCCGGCGGAAUCUACAAAAGCUGAAUCUAUACCCUCACCAGGACUAUCACCGACUCUCCCCGCCAUAUCGCCCGUGAACACCAACAAACCCAACCUUGACUCUCUCGUCGACUUCCCACCUCUAGAGCCAUCUUCGCCGCUUGAAUCAUCAUUCGUAGAGGAGAAACCGCCCCUAUCCCACUCGGUCACCGAUUCGAUAGCUGAUAUUCAAGUCCCAACUUCCGAGCGCAAACAACGCCUGCAAUUGACUCAACUACUAGCAGAAGCGGACCGGAUUUUCCAGGAACACCCUCCAUCGUCUAUCCAAGUGUCACAAAUUAUGGGCCCGCAAAGCGUAAUCUUUACGUGGAGUCAAUUGAAUAGGAAAUCCAAUACUGAAGUAAAAUCAGGCUCCUCGUUAUGGAUGGGUACAGUCCACGACGUGAUCAGCGAUGAUAUGGCCGAGAAAAUGGUGCUCAGACCCGAGUUGGUAGUGCGCCCUUGGAAGGACCCUGACGAAGAAGCCAUGGAACGGGAGGUGGAAGAAUCGAAGCUACAGCGACAACGUCGAAAUCAAAAGAAGAUUCAACAAAAAGGACACUCAAUGGAUCUCUUCGGUACUGGGAGGGGAAGUGUCAUAGUCAUUGGUGGAGUGGUUGUCGUUGCAGCUCUGGGUGUAGUUAUUGCCGUUUACGGAAGAGACGGGGAGUGGAAAAGGUGGAUAGGACGAAGUCCAUUAUUGACGAAACUAACAUCUGCUAGGUGA